CCUCGAUCAGCUGCGCCUCGAAUAAUCGACAUUUCUUUUCCCUCGGCUCGUAGGAUCGUACAGGCACGAUCGAUUGAAUAUCCAGAUUCUUCUCGCCCGUAGAUCGCAACACAGGCCAUUUUGUGAAGCAGCUUGAAAAGAUGUCGAAGGUCUACUCAGCGAACGAGGUGGCCAGGCACAAUCAGGAGAACGAUCUCUGGAUCGUGUACAAGGACGGUGUGUACGACGUGACGAAGUUUCUGAAGGAACACCCGGGUGGGGAGGAAGUGUUAAUCGAGCUAGGCGGAAGGGACGCGACCAAGUGCUUCGAUGACAUCGGGCAUACGAUCGAAGCCGUACAACUGCGUGAGACUUACAAGAUCGGGACUGUGACUGGUUUCGUUUCUGGAGAGCCAACCGGUUCCAGUGGAGGUGUGCAGGACACGACCAUAGACGACGACAAUUGGGAGUACACGCCGCCACAAUAUGGAACAUCCCACUGGCUUCCGGUGAUCAUCGGAACCGGCGUCGCCAUUUACGCCUUUCUAUUCUACUACCUUUGGUUCUAGUAUUUAGAUUAUCGAAACGCCCGCUAGAUCGACGCACGAUAUGUACAAUCGCGAAAAAUAAAAUUCUUUAUUUAUACCGAGA